GUGAGCGGAUUCAGCCGCUUGCUCUGAAUGCUCUCAGCUUCUCACCGCCUCACCCCGACGACAGAGAGAAAAGGACGCCGCGGGAGGGGAGGGAAACGUACAGGAGCUCAGGCUGAUGCAUCUGUGCCUCAGCAUCCAUUUCACAGAGAUUACAGUCGGGAGCAGAGGAGACGGCGCGCAUUUCUCCGAGAAACGCGGUGGUCUUGCUGAGAACCGGACAGAACGCAUCUCUCCGGCGCUACACAGUGGCAGCAAAUCUGUGUGCCAGGAGCAGACGCUGACAAGGACGCAAAAGGAAUAUAUACGACCGCGUUAAGUUUGGGUUUUUUCUUUUUUAAAUUAUUAUUAUUUUCUGGAAGUUGCUCAGUGAAAGAAAGAGAAAAAGAAAGAAGCAAACAAACAUGGGAAUGUGUGGCUACCUGGCAGAACCUGGGAAAUUCCUGGUCGUCCUCGGACUUCAAUUGCUGCUCCUUGUGCCUGCAGGAGUUCCAGCCAGGAGCGGGGAUUCUGCACUGAAGGACAACAUCACCGUGAGACAGGGGGACAGCGCCGUGUUAAAAUGCAGCGUCGAUAGCAAAGUCUCUCGAGUGGCUUGGCUCAACCGCACCACCAUUCUGUUUGCGGGGACCGAGAAGUGGUCUUUGGAUCCUCGUGUCAUCCUGAUGGAAAACACUGCCAUCACAGAGUACAGCAUUCAGAUCCAAAAUGUUAACAUUCACGACGAGGGACCUUACGUCUGUUCCAUCCUCACCAACAAGAAACCAAAAUCCACAAAAGUGCAUCUCAUUGUUCAAGUACCUGCCAAGAUAACGAAUAUAUCGAAGGACGUCACAGUGAACGAGGGCAGCAGCGUCAAUCUGAUGUGCCAGGCGGUGGGACGACCUGAGGCCAGCGUCACCUGGAAGCAUCAGUCACCGAGAGGUGGCCAUAAAUUUGUGACAGAGGGGGAACAUUUGGAGCUGAUCUCCAUCACCAAAGAGCAGUCGGGAAUAUACGAGUGCAUCGCCUCGAACGACAUCUCCAGCUCUGACAUCAGGAGAGUGCAAGUCACAGUCAACUACCCUCCCUUCAUUUCGAAGGCGAGGAGUACAGGCACUCCGGUCGGACAAAGAGGCGUUCUGCAGUGCGAAGCCUCUGCCGUUCCGAGGGCAGAUUUUGAGUGGUACAAAGAAGACCGCAGGCUUCUCAAUGGAAUAAACGGUCUUAAGAUAGAGACUCAAGGAAAACAGUCACUGCUCAUCUUUUUCAAUGUCUCAGAAGAAGACUAUGGAAACUACACUUGUGUCGCCAUGAACACCAUGGGAAUCACUAAUGCCAGUAUAAUUCUUUAUGGUCCGGGUGCAAUGCAUGAUGUAAACGGAGCGCCCAUGUUCCGCCGCUGCUCCCUCUGCCUCCUGCUGACUGUAGCCUUAUCCCACCUGCUCAAGUUCUGAUGAGAAACGUGGCCCCCACUCCGAGCUUCUCGCAGCGCUGAACAACAAGAACAGACGAUUUAGUCCUAUGAGAAGAACGGGAAACCAAGAAUGCCACUGGCUCACACUCUUUGCUUUCUUUCGUAUUUCCUUUUCGGCUUUACAUCGGAGUCUGUUCUCUGUCGGUUCACCAAGAGUGACAGGCAACUGUGGAGAGAAGGGAAAAGUUUAAACAUGCACUAAUUUGAUGAUGGUAAAACUACAGAGCUUGUGUCCUCCCAAACCCCCCCAAAAAACCUUCUUUUGUAUGUGAAAUAGGGGGAAAAAAAAUGAAAAAAAUGUGUGUUACUGUUGAUAGUUGACUGUUUGUUGCCCAAUAUUGAAGUGUAAAUUCAGAUUAAUACUAUUAUUGUGUGACAUCUGUUCAAUAUCUGUACAGUACCAGUAAGCUUUUUUAAGUCAAUGAGAAAAAAGAAAAGGAAAUAAUGCAAUGUGAUUGUUGAAUUUCACUGUAUUUUUUACAGUUGUAUGCAAAACAGAAAACAUGCUGGUCCUUCCAAGGCGAUCAGUCGAGAAUAUUACAGAAUACACCAUUAUUUCUCAGGCAAAGUCCUAUAGCAUAGUGCAUCCUCAUUUUUACCUUGAUCAUAGUGUGUGUAGAAAAUGUACAAAGUGAACAGUUAACUCCUGCACUCUAUGGAAAGGCAGUCAUUUCUGAGAUUUUUUUUGAAACACCUCAUCAUCACAGAGUCAUAGCAGCUUCAAGGCACGUUCAUACCGACAGUCUGAACUUCGAGUCGUGCGACUCACUGGUGUGAUUUUUACUUCAAAACAAAAGCGUCAGGAGGGACGACGGUUCGGUCUGCGCGCUGUCGGCUCAGAGCCGACGCCUGUCUGACAGCGUUGGGAACUGUGUCAGGCUUAAUUAACGACUUCUUACAUUUUGCGUCCUUAAUAAGCGUUUCAGUUAUUUGUACCUGUUGUUCCCAAACCAUUUUUAAACAAGCCGAGGUUAUUUAAUCCAUAUCUUCUUAGACUGCCACAGUGGUCCUCGUGCUUCUGUUUUCAGCAUUAGACCUCUAUGCAAACCAGACUUUACCUUUAGAUUUUACAGCCAUCUUUUUUUGACGUUUCAGGGAAAACGCGUGGCAGAUUAAUUGUACUCAAUCUUUAUUCUAUUUAUUUUUAUAGUUUAUUUUUUGACAUUUUAUUUAUUGUUGCUGGGAAAUGGAAGUUAAACUUAAAUGUGCAAUGUUCACACUUAAAGCAAUCAUUUCUCUCAAUUCAUAUCAGUAUUACUGAAAAUCUGGGAUGUUUCUGAUCAGGAUUCCGGUGAGGCUGAGUUGCAUUACUGUGCUUCAGUACAUUCCUGGUUUUAAAUUUUGGUCUACCACAACGGUGGACACGUUUGACAUUAAGCAAUUUGAAGCAAAUUGUCUCGCCAUAAAUUUUGGAGGGGGUCGAGGAGGGGGCCGCUUGAGAAAUAUGAGACCAUCUGAAAGACUUAAAGCAAAAGCAGAACUGAACCCAACAAGAUGACAACGACUAAAGAGAUGGAGUGGCUAAUAACUAAAUUAUGGACUGUCCUGGGUAGAGCAAAGCCCAAACAUUUAACGAUGACAAAAAUACAAACAUUAAAAACAUUGUAAGAGGAGAAAUAUCUUUUUCUCUGUUUUUCCAAAAGUGGCUGUAAAUCAUGCCACUGCAUCAGGUUCUGGCAUAGAAGCUUCAUCAGACUUUCAUCCGGAUCUCCGGAGUCGUUAUUCAGGACUAUGAUUGGGACACCUGCGUAGCAUCGGGACAUCCCGGCUUCUUAUUGUCUCGUCUUUCUAUCUGCAUCAAACUUCCAUCUUUUUCCUGUAUUUAUUGUUUAUUCUACGUUACAUGUCAGCUGUCAUGUAAAACUAUGAGAGAGAGAGAGAGAGAGAGAGAGAGAGAGAGAGAGAGAAAAUGAAGACUUGAAAUGUCUGUCCAGUCACCCAGUGAGUAUUUCUUUGCCAAGCUUGCUAAAGAAUUUCUUUGAUUUAAGUCUUUAAAACGAUAAUAGAGCAAAACAUCUCACUAAUGUCAACACGUAUGAAUGUUCCCUGUAGCUGCUAUGAAGCGACAUUCAUGUUUUGUGAAUGUGUACUUUUAACCCGAUGUGCCCGACAUCUACAGUGGAAGCUGUUUUUCCUGGACCGGAGGCCGGCGGACUGAAGUUCAGGGGACAAUUUUCAGUCAACCAUUUGACUAAGUUCCCCACUGACUGAGAAGUACAAGCGGUUGCCAACGUGACGUCCCGCCUGUCGUUCACUCCACUCUCGUGCAAAACUAUGAGUAAGAAUCGUGUUAAAGACAAAGGAACCUGGAUGAGACUGAUGUAUAUGGGAGUGUUUUUGUACUUUACUCACCUACGUGCUUGUGAAGAUGAUCGUGAACCAGUCAGUUACGGACUACAGUGUCUGGCCAAAAAAAAAAAACGUGAAGAAAAAAUAAGGUCUAAUUUCUUUUUCCAGAUUGUUAUAAUUUUUUUUUAUGUAACCGAGAUUGAUGAGACAGUAAGAUAGACCGAUGUCUGUAAAGCACAUUAUUAUAUUCAAUCUGUUUGUAAAUGUACCUGAACCACUCUUUAUGCUCAGAUCCAGUCCAGUUGGUCCCGGUCUUUGACUGUGGCUACUUGCUGCAUCAAGUUUAACUUGCUGAAAGCUGAAACAUUCAUCCCUGCACUUCUCCUCCAAAAGGACACCUUUUUUUUUUUUUUGGCCAGUCAGUGUGUUUCACAGGAUGUGAUAUCUAUCUUUAGCCGUUUUUUUUGUUUGUUUUGUUUGUUUGUUUUUUUUUUGUUUGCAUUUGCAGCUAUGACCUCUGCAAACAAAGGUUAAAGGGUCUGUGUCAUACUUUCCAUUCCAGAUAGAGCAACAUGACAAAUAUUGAUGUCAAUAAUCUUGAAUCACUUUAUUUUAAAUCCCGAUUAAAAAAAGAAAAAAACAAA